CUUGGAGUGCUUGAUGAUUAUACAGAAGAACACCACCUGAGGCUAGGAGUAGAAAUCCGCACCUUGCUUCUCAGGAACGGUCAUGGGUAUUGGGAUCCAAGGUAUAAAGGCCGCCGUAACAAGAAGUUCACAUCAGGGGGAUGGUGCUUUUAACAAACUGGCCAAUCAUCACACUGGAUAGGCAUUCAGCUGCACAAACCAAGACAUGGCAGAACAAACCACAUCGACCCCCGUCGACGCCUACCAGACGGGCAAGGCGGUACGCCUAGCGGCGCGCAACAAGACGUUCACGGGGCAGACAUCGGGGCUCGCGCCGUCCUACCUGCAAGCAAACCUGCUCGUGCUGCCCAAGCGGUACGCGGCCGACUUCCGGCUGCUCUGCGCGCGCAACCCGGUCCCGUGCCCGCUGCUGGCUGAAUCCGCGACGCCGGGCGACGCGACGGCCCUGGUGUCGCACGUGGCCGCGCCCCGCAACAGCGGCGUCAAGGCAGCAGCAGCAGCAGCAGCAACAACAACUCUCCCCGUGGCGGCCGACAUCGACCUGCGGCACGACUUCCCGGCCUACACGGUCUACAGGGACGGGGUGCUGACGGCGCAGCGGCAGACCGACAUCGCGGCCGAGUGGACGGCGGACCACGUCGGGUUCCUGGUCGGGUGCUCGUACUCGUUCGAGGCGGCGCUGGCGGCGGCGGGGCUCACACCGCGGCACGUGGCGCAGGGCCGCAACGUGCCCAUGUACCGCACGACGGUGCCUCUCAUGGCGGCGGGUGUCUUCUCGGGCGCCACCAUGGUGGUGUCGAUGCGGCCGUACCGCGCCGGGGCCGAGGUGGAGCGGGUGCGCGACGUGACGCGCGCCUUUGCGUCCUCGCACGGCGAGCCCGUGGCGUGGGGGUGGGACGGGGCGGCGGCGCUGGGGGUCGCCGACGUGGCCAGGCCCGAGUUUGGGGACGCGCCGCUGAGCGGGGACGGCAGCGGGCGCGCGUUUGGGCCGGGGGAGGGGCUUGGGGACGAGGGGGGUGGUGGUGGGGGUGAGUUUGUGCCCGUGUUCUGGGGCUGCGGCGUCACGCCUCAGGAGGCGGUGCGGCAGGCUGGGCUGCAGGGGACCGUCAUGGCGCACGCGCCGGGGCACAUGGUGGUGCUUGAUUUGACGGAUCGGGAGGUGUUUCCUGGCCUGGCUUGAAUGUUGGUAUCAUGAGUUCGCAGAGUUUGCUUCAUUGGGCGAUUAUGUCAAGAUUAAUGCACAUCAUCCAGGCAAUGAGAUAUACAAGCUGCGCUACUGUAGGCUGACAGAAGCGCCUGUGGCUGAAUGCCGCCGGAAAAGCAGCCCGAGGGGUCCCUGGUCCACCGCGCCCCACUGACCCCCACUGACCAGUAAUCAAUGCGGGGGACUGGCUGUCUGUCGUCACUCGAUCAAUUGACUGUUCCUCCAC